CACGAGGGGGCCAAUGGGAGUUGAAGCAGGACAGAUUCUGCUCAACAGCUUGUUAUUGGGCUCGGCGCUGGUGACUCGGUGCGAGUCCGGGCUGGAGGGGGCGGAGCGGGGCCGCGCUCAGCCGCCGCCGCUCGCGGGGCUGUCGUCGUCUCGGAGGGGGCCGCGGCGCCGGGAGCGCGGCGGGGCCGGGCCGGACCGGGCAGUGCGGCGCGGAGCGGAGCUGCCCACUUCGCUCCGAGUUUCCAGUGUUUUCCCGUGUGCUCGCGGGGAGAAGUCUUUUGAGCUGGAAUCCCUCACGUAACCUCUGAAGAUGAAGGCAGCAGAUGAGCCUGCCUACCUUACAGUGGGAACUGAUGUCAGUGCCAAGUACCGCGGUGCCUUCUGUGAGGCAAAGAUUAAGACGGUGAAAAGGCUCGUGAAAGUCAAGGUGGUCCUGAAGGGAGACAACUCAACUCAGUUAGUGCAAGAUGACCAAGUGAAGGGUCCUCUAAGAGUUGGUGCCUUGGUUGAAACCAAAAUGCCCGAUGGAUCUUUUCAAGAAGCUGUUAUCAGCAAGCUGACAGACGCUAGUUGGUAUACUGUAGUUUUUGAUGAUGGUGAUGAACGGACCUUGAGACGAACUUCAUUAUGCUUGAAGGGAGAAAGGCACUUUGCAGAAAGUGAGACACUUGAUCAACUGCCACUUACCAAUCCAGAGCACUUUGGAACUCCAGUUAUUGGGAAGAAAUCUAAUAGAGGAAGAAGAUCAUCUCUUCCUGUUACUGAAGAUGAAAAGGAAGAAGAAAGUAGUGAAGAAGAAGAUGAAGACAAAAAACGUCUCAAUGACGAAUUGCUUGGGAAAGUUGUGAGUGUGACUUGUAAUUCUGAGAAGGCAGACUGGUAUCCAGCUUUGGUUGUGUCUCCCAGCUGCAAUGAUGACGUCACAGUGAAAAAGGACCAGUGUUUAGUUCGAUCCUUUGCAGAUUCCAAGUUUUACUCGGUAGCAAGAAAAGACAUUACAGAACUAGAUGUUCAAAACUUACCAAAAUCAGAGUCCUCUCCUAAAAAAGGGCUGCAGGAGGCAAGCGUGUUUCUCAACACAAAGGCUGUUCCUCGGAUCUGGAAAAUGGACAUAAGUGAAAUUCUGGAGUCCUCUAGCAGCGAUGAGGAAGAUGCAGCUGCAGCAGAAACUGAUGAAGAGGAAGAGAAGAGAGAAGAGAAAACUGAAGAAGUAGUGCCUGAGGAAGAGCUUGAUCCUGAAGAGAGGGACAACUUCCUCCAACAGCUUUACAAGUUUAUGGAAGACAGAGGUACUCCUAUCAAUAAACCACCUGUUCUGGGCUACAAGGACCUUAAUCUCUUCAAACUUUUUAGAUUGGUGUAUCAACAGGGUGGGUGUGACAAUAUUGAGAGUGGUGCUGUAUGGAAGCAAAUUUAUAUGGACCUUGGCAUUCCUAUUUUGAACUCAGCUGCUUCCUACAAUGUAAAAACUGCUUAUAGAAAGUAUCUUUAUGGUUUUGAAGAGUACUGCCGUUCUGCAAACAUUCAGUUUAGGACCAUCCAUCACAAUGAACCAAAAGUGGUAGAAAACCUACAGAAACACGUGGAACCAAUGGAGGAAAGUGUAAAAGAGGAACAAAACAUGCCCCCAACAGAAGUUAAAAAAGAAGCAGAAGAAAACUAUUCCAGCAGUGAAAGUGAGAAAGAAGAAAUAGAACUAAGAUCCCCAAGGGGACGAAGAAGAAAUGCCCGUGAUGCAACCCCUGCUAAAAAAGAUAGUGAAGAGGAUAAAACACAAGACAAAUUGAAAGACAGUAACAAAGAAAACAAAGAUAUUGAAGAAACACCUGAGAAUGCAGAAAAGAAAGAAAAUGAAACUCUGCUAGGGAGAAAAACUACACCAAAGCAAAAAGAGAAAAAAAUCAAAAAACAGGGGGAUUCUGAUAAAGAGUCAGAUGAAGAGGAAGAGAGGCAGAGAGAGAGGGAGGAAAUGGAGAACAAAGGAGAAUCAGAAGGUGAAGAGGAUGAGGAAGACACAGAACCCUGCCUGACUGGAACCAAAGUGAAAGUAAAAUAUGGACGUGGAAAGACUCAAAAAAUUUAUGAAGCCAGUAUUAAAAGCACAGAAAUUGAUGAUGGAGAAGUUUUAUAUUUAGUUCAUUACUACGGUUGGAAUGUAAGGUAUGAUGAAUGGGUGAAAGCUGAUCGGAUUAUCUGGCCUGUGGACAAAGGAGGACCAAAGAGAAAACAGAAGAAAAAAACAAAAACUAAAGAAGAUGGUGAAAAGGAUGAGAAGAAGGAUGAGGAGAAACAAAAAUCAAAGCGUGGGCGACCCCCUCUGAAGUCGACUCUUCCAUCAAACACAGCUUGCAGUUUAUCCAAAACGCCAAAUAGUGAAGGUAAAUCAGGAGCCAGGAGUGCACGGAACCACUUGUCAGAUUCCUCACCAUUACCAAAUGGAACAGAAGACUCUGGCUCAUCUGACAGUGAAGCAGAUGAGUCACCUGAAAAGAAUUUGAAUGAAGAAUUUUCUCCAGAAAGUUCAGAACUGGAAAAAAGUGAAAAGCUACAUGAUGAGAAGCUAGAUGAAGAAAACCCAAAGAUUCCUCACGUGUUGAAAGAAAAUGACAGGACUCAAGUUCAGCCACUAGAAACAUUGAAACUGGAAGUUGAAGAAAGUGAACAAAUUGUUCAGGUUUUUGGAAAUAAAACAGAACAGAUAGAAGAAAUCAAGAGAGAGGCUGAAAAAUCACCUAAAGGAAAAGGGAGAAGGAGCAAGACAAAAGAUCCCUCUUCAGAGAAUGCAAAGGUUUCACCAGGAAGCCAAGAAGAGGUGGCAAAUGAAUCUCUUACAGAUCCUGAAAGAUUAGAUAUGUCUUCCUUGGACUGUAAAGAAGUUUCCAGCACUACUGAAAAUGAAACAGAGCUUUUAACAAAAGAUAAGAAACUUUUGAAAAGGAAAGCUUUGGAACAGGCAUCGCCUGAGAAGAGAAGUCGACGGGAGAGUGAGAUGGAAGUGCCAAAUAUUGUAUCUGAAGAGCAGACCAAUGAAUGUACCGGAACAGAGGAAUGUAGAGGGAUAAAUGCUGAGGAGUCCCUCAGAACUGAGAACGAGGAGAUGCCAUCCUUGGUGGCAGAGUCGGUUCAGCGUGGCCAGGAGCUGAGGAAUGAGACCUUCCAACAGCCACCUGAAGAAAAUGAGAAUGUUCCCUUAAAAGACGAGGACGAUGCAAUGCCUCAGAUUGGUCCUGAAACUUUGCUGUGCCAUGAAGUAGACUUGGAUGAUUUGGAUGAAAAGGAGAAGAGUGGUAGCGAAGACACAAUAUCAGAAAAGUUAGACUCUAAUGCUUCAAAUUGUAAUCCAUCUGCCUUACCCCCUGCUGUCCAGUCAAGCUUUUCAGUGGCCUCACCUCUGACUCUGAGUCAGGAUGAGUCACGCAGUAUCAAGAGUGAAAGUGAUCUGACCAUUGAAGUGGACAGCGUGGCAGAAGAGUCGCAAGAAGGUCUGUGUGAAAGUGAGUCUGCUAAUGGAUUUGAAGCCAGUACUACGUCAAGCAAUUGUAGCGUAGCGGUGCAAGAGAGAGAGGUCGGAGAGAAAGGUCAAAAAAGGCCAAGUGAUAGCAACAGUGGAACACUGGCAAAAAAACAAAAGCGUACUCCAAAGCGAACAAGUGCUGCAGCCAAAAAUGAGAAGAAUGGAACAGGACAAAGUAGUGACAGUGAAGACCUUCCUGUUUUGGAUAGUUCAAGUAAAUGUACUCCUGUAAAACCCAUCAAUGCAUCCAAACCACAGAAAAUUUCUCGCUCCCCUGCAAGAGUUAUUUCCCCUCACAUCAAAGAUGGAGAGAAGGAUAAACACAGAGAGAAACACCAUCACCAGAAUGCUUCGCCUAGAGUAUACAAAUGGAGUUUUCAGCUCAAUGAACUAGACAAUAUGAGCAGCACUGAAAGGAUCUCCUUCUUACAAGAAAAGCUACAGGAAAUACGAAAAUGCUACAUGUCCUUGAAGUCAGAAGUAGCAACCAUAGACAGGAGAAGAAAACGAUUGAAAAAGAAAGACAGAGAAGUGUCACACACAGGAGCAUCCAUGUCAUCUGCCUCAUCAGAUACUGGAAUGAGUCCAUCAUCAUCUUCUCCUCCACAAAACGUGCUUGCUGUCGAAUGCAGAGAAAGGGCACUUAUCAAAUUUGACAAGUUACGUCCAGUGAAGCAUUCAGGUGAAUUCUAGGGAGAUCUUAGAAAAGCAAGUGCACCAGGCAGAGACAUCAGAGUAUUCAAAAGAAUCGAGUAACUGCUGCACUUUCACUGAUCUGUACGUUCACCUGUCGGUGAGUAGUUCCUCUUUGUGGAAGCACUUGCUAUACAGAACUGCCAAAGUACGUGUUCAGCAGUGUGCCCAGUUUUAAAGGUGUAAAUGGGACAAAAUAAAUUGUGAAAGGAAGUGUAGUUGACUGAAAACUACAGUUGUAAUAAGUCUUCCACUUUUUAUAGGAUUUUUGAGCACACGAUUAUGCAAAUAUUUUAAUGUUUAUUAAUGUUUACAGUGGAAUUGUGAAUAGGUUUUCAGUGGACUAUCUUAUCCCUUGACAAAAAUAUUUUGUCUUUUUUCUAUGUAAUUUCAGAGUUUUUAUUUUGUUACAAAAAGACGAAAAAUGAAAUAUAUAACAACAGUGAAGUUAUUUAACAAGAUUUCUAAAGCUGAAAUUUUUGUGUAAAAUAAGGUAUCUUGCAACUUGUUAAAUAUAUUUAUUCAGACAUUGGAUGUUGUAUUUUUAUGUAUUUUUUAAAAUAUUAAUAAAAUUGGAAAAAAAAAUCUAGGUUAGUUCACUCUUUGGCUAAAAACACACUUCUCAGUUAUGGCUCUUACCAAGGUUUUAUCCAGUGGCCACGCCUGUAUUUCACAUGGGUCUGUCUCCGUGUCCCCCACAGCACAGAUCCCCUUGGCAGGCAUCUGGAUUAAACAAGGACUUCAUUUGGAAACUUUGGCAGUCCUCCUACUUGACAUUGUUUUGAGGAACAAUGAAAAGGAAAAAAAAGUGUAUUGGGUUGCCCUUUAAGGAUACUUCGUCACAAGGUCUUACGUUUGCUGUACUGCCGAAUGAAUUUAUAUCUCCCAAAGUUGAGAUGCAACAGUAAAGUAAAGCAACUGUGUAUGCUUUGUCUGUGGAUUGUCCCACGGGCAGAUACAGUCUGUAAAUAACUCUUCCAAACAUGUGUAUUUAAAACAGUUUGCAUAUACAUGAUGUAUAAAAGUGAUUUUUUUAAUUGAUUUUUUUAUUCAUGUUUGUACAUUGAGAGGGGUUGGUGACCCCUUUUUCUGUGUUUAAUAUGCUGUAGAGUAAUAACAUAGAUGCUCUAGACUGUAUAUGGGGCUAUUCUGGGUCACACGGCAGAGAGUCAGAACGGAACACUAGUGAUGGCGUAGCAUUACCAACAUUGAUGUUUCUUGAAAUUUCAUUUUACAACAUUUGUCAACUUGUGAUUCCAACUCCUUCCAUUUUCGCAGACAAUUAAAGAAAAAGUACUCUUGUAAA